ACCUCUAAAACGGGGGGGAAAAAAAACUGUAAAAGCAUAUUAGAUUAGACCAAAAACUACAUUAAUUUUCACAAUAAGUGCCUAAUUUGUUGUUUUUAUCGUGACGUGAAAGAAAAUAUAAAAUUAUUGUUGCAUGGGCGAAGUAAACUGUGCCGCCGGCCAAGCUGGCGGCGUUAUCUCGGUAAAAAUGUCUCCGACUCGUGGUCAAAACGAAAGCGCCAAAAGCAAAUAAAACAGAUAAGAAAUAGCCAGAAAAAGGCAUUUUAUAGUGUGUGAAGUGAAAAAAAAUUUUAUUGAGAUUCGGCCAAGUGAAAGAGCCGAGCCAACACAAAUCCACUGCAAUUCUGCGGUCGAUAAAAAGUUAAUUAAUUCUAUUCUACAAAACAAAACCCGAAAUAGCGCCGGGAUGAGUGCCAACAGCAGCAGAGUCAGAAGACGCAGCAAUAGCUGGUCGUCGGAAAAGCAGCAAUCGGCGGCGCAACUUUCUCUGCCGGCAGACGAUGACGUCGCAGGGGGUUUGCUGGAAAUGCCCCGCCUAUGCCGAUGCUGCUGCAAACGGGAUCUGGAGCUGCUUAGCCUCUUUGGGGCCGACAAACCAACCAUAUCCUCCACAGCAACCUCCACAGAUAUGGAGACACACACAGCCACAGGCACAUCUACGAUGCGACGCCGCGAUACCACCUCAGCCCCCUCUCUGGGGGAUCGCACCAACGGUAAUCCCGUAGACUACGCUCUGAGCGGUGCCCACAGCAGCAUGGACAUUGUCCUCGAGGAGAUGAUCAUCUGGAUGCUCAAUGUCAGCCGCGACGAUGGACUUCCGCAGGAGAUUUGCCGCCAGUGCAUGGCCCAGUUCCUGAUGGUGGCCAAAUUUCGAAGGAAAUGUGUGCGAAUGCAGCAGCGUUUGCAGGACUAUGCCCAGGAAAUAUCCGACCGGCAGGCAGCCAGACAGGCCAAGCGAAAACAGAAGCAGCAACAGAAGCAGGAACUGCUGCAAGAGACGCAGACCACACGACGGGAGGAAAAGGAAGCGAGGGACACGGAUACCAACACGGAUGCUAAUGCGAAUGCGAAUGCAUCGGACUACAUGCAUUUGCCCGAAUCACAGAUGGAACGAAAGCGUCGCAUUAUCUCUGAGUCCGAGGGUGAAGCCCCAUCCGCGCUGCCGCCACUGCCAAAACUUGUAAAGACGGAGGAGGCCGCCGCGGAGGAGGUUCUGCCACCGCCCAAGGCACGUCGCCUGCAGCUGAGGUUGCGCAGAAUGCGAACACAGUCCGCAGGAACUCCGGAACCGGCUGCGAAUGCGACUGGGAAUGGGAAUGGGAAUGCGGAGGAAGGAGCACCUGCCCACGCUGAUGCCAGCAGCAUGCCCUGGAAGACAAAGGCUGCGCGGAAGCAGCUGUCCGAGUCGUGGUCCAGCUACUCGCCGGCUCCCUCCUCGGAGAUGGAGGGCCGAAGGAGUACCAGCAGUGAGGCGGCCACAGAACAUCUGAGCGAUCUGUCGGUGGGGCCACUCUGUGGCUUCGAGAGCGACAGCAAUCCCUCCUCCACCUCAGCGCCAUCGGAGCUCAAGUUCCCCAGGCGAUCGCCCAAAGCGAUGGCAGCACUGCGACGUGGCCGUCGUCCGCGGAGUUCGCCCGUUUACAUGGCAGCCAAGCGACAGCGGCGAUCACUGAGCAAGAAGCCGACGGUGAAGGAGCUCAUCCGGCAGAUUGGAGCUGAGUCCAGUCUGGAGGAGAACACAAAGUCUGACGGGGAAAUCUCCUGCGAAAAGCCAAAGGAAAAGCAGUACGAAUCAGAUGAGAACUGCCCAACUCCGCUGCGUCCGGUGGCAACGUCUUCCUCCUGCGACGAGGCAAGCGACAUCAGUACUUCAGAUGCGGAGGCGGCAGGAGAAUCAUCCAUCGAUGAGGUCGCAAAAGAAAUCCAAGAAUUAAAAGAAGUCCCAACGGAUGGCAAGGAGUCCCCAAAUGAAUUGGAAACCAACUGCGAUGGCAAACCAGAGGCAGAGUCGGUCAAAGAGCUGCCGUCCAGGACGGAGAAGUCACCGAGUGAUUCGUCGGAUGAGAGCACCUUACGAAAUGACGAGGAGACUCCGUCCAAGCAAAAGAUUGAGGAAGAAGAUGAACAAACAUUGAAAGGAGCAGCCGCCACUGUAGAUCUAUCAUCGAUGGAGCUACAGUCCAAGGAACUGACCUCGUCCACGGAGACCACAGCCACAGGCACAGUCACAACCACAACCAUUGAGGGGGAACAGCUGUCUGUGGAAGGAACAGACCAGCCAGAGCAGCCAGAGAUAAUUGUGAGCAUACCCCUCGAGGCACUCAAUGAGGAUCUGCAGCGGAGAUUGUGCGUGGAGAACGCUGGAGAGCAGCAGGAGGAGGAGGAGGAUCAGGAUCAGGAGAAGAAGCAGCAGCUUCCAGGCCAUCCCGACGAUGUCAACAACAAUGCAAACGAUGAGAAUUUUUGCCAGAGUGCUACAGCAGAUAGCUUCAAUUCUGCUGUGGCACUCCAAACAAAAGAAAUUGAAGCCCCCGAUAGGUCCACAGAUGCAGAGCCACUAGUACACGUGGCAGAGUCCCCACCACCACCAUCACCACCGGAUGGGGACGACGAGGACUCCUUCUCGUCCACGGAUGAGAAUGAGAUCCAAGUGGUAAGGACUGGACCCACACCCAUGGACUUUCUAGCCGAAUUCGAGAAGCAUUGCGAGAAGGGUCUCGAGCAGAUUGGAGCCACCACACCCGCCCCAUCGCCGCCACCCACACCCAGAGCCGAGCCCCUGCCGCUGGCCCUCAACGAUCUGGAGGCCAAGCAGCAGCUCGAGGUGGAGAUGAACGAUGUGGAGACCACACUGAACGGCAUCCUCAACGAGAUGCAGGACCAGCACAUGUACACGCCGACCUGUCCGCACAUCGAUGAGUUCCUCACCUCCGCCGACUAUGCCUCCCUUAGCGAACCCGAGCAGGAGCAGGAGCCGGAGCCAACCGGCGACGCCAAGCCAGUUCUCGCCGAGUCGCAGGAGAAACCCAACCCGGGGGCCGGUCAGCGGGAGGAUCUCUUCGACAACAGCAACUUUAGCAACGAGCUGAUUGGCUUCCAGAAUGAUAUUCCCUGCUUCGAAAACAUCGAGGCCUCGCCAGAGCCCGAGCAGAGUCUGCAUCUGGAGCUGACGCAGUUCCUCAACGAACUGCAGCCACAGCAGGCAGUGCAGGGAUCGCAGGUAUCGCCCGGGGUAUUGCCAGUCCAAGUGCAAGUGCAGGUGGCGGCACCGCAGGUUGAGCCAGUGGCAGUCCCCCCCGAGGUGAAGCCUCUGGUUGCGCAACCUCAGGUGGAGCAACAGCGGCAGCAGUCUCAGGUGCACGUACAGGUUCAGGUGCAGCAGCAACAACCUCUAGAGCAUCUUCAUGUGCGGCAGCCAAUAGUCGCGAAAGCUCUAGAGCCACCUCAGAUGGUCCAGGUGCCGCAGGUGCAACACCAGGAGACGACCACGACCGUUUCCUAUGAGCAAAUCUAUCAUCAUCAUCAUCAGCACUCUGUCCAGCAGCAGCAGCUGUCGCCCAGCAAGCUGCAACUGUUGCCUUCGCCAGGACUAGCAGCUCCCAUCGAUCCGCAUCAGCAGCAACAACAGCAACAACAGCAAUGGCAGCAUUAUCAGCCCCAGGAGCAGCAGCAGCAGACGACACAUCUGCAAUGGUCAGCAGUGGGCGGACUGGAGGCCAUCAAGAGCGGCGUUGGUCCCAUGGAAAGCACCACAACAACAUACUACAUAAGUGCUGGGGAUCUGUACCAGCACCAGCACCAGCACCAGCUCCAACAGCAGGCUGCACCAUUGGAGGCCACCUACACGAUGCUAGAUCCCAAUGAGAACUACAUGCUGGAGCAGGCCAACCAGCAACAGCAGCAGCAACAACAGUUGCAGCAGCAUCAUCAUCAUCAGCAGUUGCAGCAACAACAGGCACAACAGCAGCAGCAGCAACAACAGGCACAGCAGCAGCAGCAGCAACCCAUCAUGAUAUUGAUACAACAGCCGGAACUGCAGCAGCCCGUGGCCUCGGCCAGUAAUCCACAGCAAGCGCCGAUGCAUUUUUACGGUGCGCCAAUCAGCAACGAGCUGCACCAUCUGCAGCAGCAGCAACAGCAGCAACAGCAGCAGCAGCAACAGCAACAUCAAAAUCAAGUACAAAAUCAUUCAGUAUUAGGAAUGCAGGCAGCGGCGGCAGCAGCAGCAGCAGCAGCCUCUCCAAUGCCCGCAACCACGCCAAAGGGUCGCGCUGUGUCGCUCAAGUGCCGCUUCUGCCAGAACGGACCGAGAUUCAACAACAGUCUGGAGUACAGUCGUCACAUCAUCGAACUGCACCCGGCGGUGGCGCCAUUCAACUGUCCGCAUUGUCCUUUGGCCUUUGCGGCGCGCAGCAAGCGGUCGCAGCACAUCCUCAACCAUCAUGUGGUGCAGCAGUAUCAGUGCGGUCAGUGCUCGCAGGUGUUUCCCGCCCAGCGAGCCCUCGACCUGCACAUCCAGCGCUUCCACAUGCAGAUUGCCAGCAAAAAGGGUGGCAGAGAAAAGGGAGGAGGUGUGCGCGUGGAGGAGGUACAACUGCAGAUCAGCAACGAGCAGCAGCAGCAACAUCAGCAGCAGCAGCCGCAUCCGUCUGGUGAGUUCUAGUCGAAUCGAUUGCCAACUGCAUGGACACACCACGCCAGGACCACGCAGGCAACGCAUUCUCUGCUGUCCGGACUGCGAGGACUGUAAGUGGAAACUCAAUUGAAGAUAAAGAAUCCAAGUUUAAAUUCGCUUCCUUCAGGUACCUCUGGCCACAGUCACGGCCACGGACAGUACGAGGAGCUGCAGACGAAUCUGCAGCCACCGCCAACGGUGCCAACGCCGCCAUCGACGAUCAUGUCGGUGCCGUCCCCGCAGCCGAUGAUGCACAUAACCCUGCCCUCGCCAGAGCAAUCGGAGCCGGACUCCACCACGACGCUGCGGCAGUUCCGCAAGCGAGGCGUCAUCGUGGGGCCGCAAUCGGGGGGCUUUAAUCAGUCGCUGCAGCUGGCCACGCCCGUGGCAUCGCCCUCACCCUCGCCCUCGUCGUCGCCGUCCUCUUCCACGAUAGACUCGGCCCCAAACACCCCCGCCUCCGCCUCCGCCAACGUGCAGGUCAGCGAACUGCGGACCAGCCACCAGUGCAUGUACUGCGAGGAGCGGUUCUCCAACGACAUUGCCCUGCGGAAGCACCACCAGCUGGCCCACGGAGCCCAGCCCUCGAUGCCCUUCGUAUGCACCAUCUGCAAGCGGGGCUAUCGGAUGCGCACGGCCCUACAUCGGCACAUGGAGUCGCACGGCGUGGAGGGAAGGCCCUACGAGUGCAAUCUGUGCCAUGUGCGGUUCCCACGAACCUCGCAGCUGACGCUGCACAAGAUCACCGUCCACCUGCUGUCCAAGCCGCACACCUGCGACGAGUGUGGCAAACAAUUUGGUACGGAGAGCGCCCUAAAGACGCACGUUAAGUUUCACGGUGAGCUUGGUUACCAGUGCGACGAGUGCGAUCUGGCAUUCGAGUAUCUCAGAGAUUUACGCAAGCACCGGCGCACCCACAACAGCGAAUUGUUUUACAAAUGCGAGUUCUGUCCACGAUCCUUCUUGCAUUUUAUGGGUUUCCGCGCUCACAUGAACUCUCAUCUGCCACUGGGAGUGUUUCUGAACGAGGAGGUCGCCCUGAAGUCGUCGUCGACCAACUGCAGCACCACCACCACCACCACCAGCAUCAGCAUCAGCAGCAUCCACAAUGACAAGUCCGGCGAGAAUCCAGCCACACCCAUAAUGGAGGAUGGAUCGUCACCACUGACCCCGAUGAGCAAUAUCAAUAGCAAUCCAGAUGAGUGCUGUCAAAUCUCCAAUUCGGUGGAGAGCAGUGCUUUGGUUGGGCGUAGCCUACCCAGCCUAGACUCGAUUGCCUCAACGCCAUAACCCACGUGGCCGAGUUAUUAUUUAGUUUACAACGAUUGCGUUUAUUACAAUUACCAACAACCAUGCCACGUUACAGCGGCGCCUUCCUACUACUAUUGCUACUUCUAGUGGCUCUAGCGAAUAGCUUCCAUUGGAGUCAACCUUGAGAGUCCUUAAGCCCAGCCCAGCCCAGCCUAGGCCCAGGCCCUGGCCCUGGCCCUGGCCCUGGCCCAGCACACUGAUCGGAAAGAACCAGCAGACUGCAUCGAAUGCAAUCUAAAAUUGCACAUAAACAAUCUAGAGACUAAGCCAUGAAUACACUCCCACACACAUACACACAACACUCCCUAACAAUUCGACAGGUUACCACAUACAUAAAUAGCUGAUAAGUUAGGUAGAAAUUAGACACUUAGACGUUCAUGCAAUGAAUAUCUGUCGAGAUGAGAUCGAGG